GUCAACUACCUGCGUGCAAGCUCUGAGCUACUUCACGUGGACGUGUAUGACUUGCAUGUGCAGGAAAAAUAUUUGAUCAUAAGAAAUAUUUGACUGCAUCUGUUCCCGGUCGCACUGCUUCCCAAUGGAUUCAAUCAUAGUUUACCAAUUUAUAACCUUUUUAUCAAUUUUGUCUUCGAUUCCAAGAACAGAUUCUCACGUUCUUUCGCAUGAGGACGCUCGAAGCAUCAAUUCACCGGAUCCACGAUCUUUUGUUGAGAGUUUGUUCGAAACUUAUGGAAAGAAUAAAUCGGUGAUGACCCAAGAAGAGUUCAGCUCUUUGUUGAAAGUACUUAAACUUGGUUCUGUCACAAGAGAAACGACAAGUUCAGCUGGAAUGGCUGAAGAGAAUGGAGUGAAAAGUGGACAUUCCAAGUGCUAUUCAGCCAAAUUAUUGUUUGAAAUCUUCAACAUUGAGUCCACUGGCUUAAAUCUAAGUAAAUUCGAACGAAUAUGUCCAGCAAUAGUGGAACAAAUUGAAAGCAAAGCUUGCCUAGUAGAAGGAAAUGAAGAAAAGAAAAAAGAGGUGAAGCAAGGGCCAGCUCAAGCUUGGGGAUUUGGGUUCUUGUCAGUGACCAUAAUCAGUGGUGCCUCUCUACUUGGAGCCUUUGUUGUUCCAUUUAUGAACCAAUCCUUUUAUAAGAUUCUAUUGUUGUUUAUGGUAUCUCUUGCUGUUGGUGUAUUGAGCGGUAGCGGAAUCUUCCAUCUUAUUCCACACACAUUUGGCUUGGGCGCUGAUGGUGAUACUGCACAUUUAUGGAAAUGCUUGGUGAUUGCUUCUGGUGUCUACUUAUUUUUUUUGUUGGAAUACAUCAUGAAAAUGAUUGUCAGAUUCAAGCAAAAAUCAUCUUGGGAAAGUGAAGAAGGACUGGGAACUAAAACAGCAACGUCAAAGACUGAACUACCUGGUGCGGGAAUCGCUGAUGUUCAACUUCAACUCUACAAUGUCAACUCAGGUAGUCACCAUGCUCAUGACAACAUGUGCUUGAGCCAGCAGUUACCAGAUGUUCAUGUCUGUGGAAAUGGUGCCAAACUAAUUGGCACCUCAGAGAGUUCUCAAAAGAUUCUCGAAGGGAGUGGUACGUCAUCACCAGGAAAGAAGAAAAUUGCUCCUGUGGCAUGGAUGAUUAUCAUAGGGGAUGGACUUCACAACUUUAUUGAUGGCUUGGCCAUCGGGGCAUCUUUCUCAAGUUCAACAUUUGUUGGCGUCAGCACAGCUCUGGCAAUAUUUUGUGAGGAAUUGCCUCAUGAACUAGGUGAUUUUGCAGUCCUUCUCAAUGCUGGUAUGACUUACAAAAUGGCCAUGGGAUUCAACUUCCUUUCAGCAUGUACAUGCUAUUUAGGACUAGUCAUUGGACUUUUACUUGGUUAUGCAACAUCAGCGGUCAAGUGGAUAUAUGCUCUUGCUGGAGGAAUGUUCAUUUACAUUGCUUUGGUUGACAUGUUGGAGGAAGCCUCUGAGAUGUCUGUCAAGAUUGGUCAAAAUUCCAUUCGCAAGAAUCUCAAGACUUUUGCUCUUCAGAAUUUUGGCAUGAUCUUUGGAUUUGCAAUCAUGUUUAUUUUGGCUCUGUAUGGAGGGGAGAUUUCAUUGGAAUAAGAUAUUUAUCAUGCAAUCAAUUGGUUUUUUUUUUUGUGAGCCUGUUGUUUUUUUCUUCUUUUUUUAAAGUAUUGCCAAAUAUUGAUAUUGACUUACAAAAUCUUACGGGGGAUAACUUGUGGUGCAGAACGUGGAA